AUGCUCUCCACUCUGUACAUAUGGGAUAAAAGCCUGAGAGGCCAUACUGAUACUGUGAACUGUCUAGCAUUCUCAUCACAGGUCAGUUACCUUGCAAGUGGUAGUGACGACCAUUUGCUGAUGGUGUGGCAUGUCAGUAGUGGAGAAGUGGCAUGCAUCAUCCACACUUCAGUCCUGAUACUCUCCAUUCUCUGGGAUCCAUGCCAGUGCUCAACUAUUAUUUUUGGUUGUGAUAACAGAGUAGCAGCAGUGUUGAGUGAAUUUUCAGGUAAUGGGACAUUCACUUUCUUUUUCCAUGCUGUCUUACUGGGAGUGAAGGCUCUGGUUUACUGUCUUGACUUGGACCCUUCAUCAGGAAAGCUCACCCUGGGAGUAGGGCCAGAGAUUCAUAUCACCAAACCCAUUGCUCAUAUUUCAGGAUCUGACAAUGCUGAUGAUGAAUGCUCAGUCCACACUUGUUCUCUACACUUCCUGAUGGGUGGGAACAAAGUCAUUGCCUCUUACCUCAAUCAUGGCAUAGUUUGCUGGGACAUCGAAACCCAUGCCAAGCUGUGGCAAAUCAAACCAGGCCAUACUCAUCAUCACAUCAGGUUUUCUGCUUUGUCUCCAGACCAGCAGGGACUUCUUGUUUCCAAUUUAUCCACAGGUGCAGACCUUUACCACCUUGGCCAGUCCACCCAAAUCCAGAUGUAUCCUCAAGCCCCAGAUGUGGAGCAAAACUACCCUCUUUCCAUUUCCUUUUUGCACAAUGGAAAUGCAAUUAUUUGUGGAGUAACCAAAGGUGAUGUCUUUAUUCAUGAAACUUGGACUGCAGAGCAUCAGCAGAUGCUCGAGCAUGAUGGGGAUUUCAUUCAAGUACUUUGUACUGGCCAAUACAGGCAGAUGGGCUACAUUGCCACUGUGACAGCAGAAAUGGGUUCAAAUACAUAUAUCAAGAUAUGGAGCACACAUCUUUGUAAGUAA